ACGCAUCUCGCCCUCAGCUCUCAUGGCACCCCAGCAGCAACUCCUCCUGCUGCUCCUCCUCCUGGCCACGCCGUUGCCGCGGCCGGCCGCCGCCGCCGACGGGGCCGCUGGGCAACCGCCACUGGUGCAUCCGUUCUUCUACUACUCUCCGCCGCCGCCGUCGGCGCUUCCUCUCACCGUCCCGCCGCCGACGCCGACACCGUGCAGCUGCGGGCAGAUGCCGCCGCCCACGGCUGCUUGCAACUGCGGGAGGAUGCCGCCGCCUGGGAUCGGCCGCCGCAGCCCGCCGGCCGGGCGCCAGGGGCUCCAUUCCGGGUCCCACGCGCAGACCGGAGUGCAGCUCCAUCCCCGGAUGCUCUGCGCUGUCGCCGCCGCACUUCUUCUAUGGUGGUGUUAGCCACUCGCUGCUGUGCCACUCAGAUCUGUAUUGCACUCAAAUUCCGAUGUGGGUUCGAUUAAUCUCUCCGCCAUAUGUAUGGAUUCGGUUGUUGCAAUCCGCAUUUGAUGUAAUUUGAUGACUGAAGAGGGUGUUGAUGGCAUGUAUGCUCUGUAUCAACUUUGUGUUUGUAAAAGGUGGCCUGCAUUUUCGCAUGCGCAAAUGCAUGGUUACAACUUGUUUGCCUACUUUUCCUUUGUAUGAAGAACACCACUAGAGCACCCGGACACGCUGGCAUCCGCCCGGUUCUUGGAGACAGAGAGAUUGUUUGGCGGAAGCUUGAGGCUUCAAUGGUGUUAUAAGCUUGGGGUCUUGUUCUGGUUCACUGGUUGUAACUUUACUGCUGUAUUUCAGUCUGGAUGUGUUCUUGCCGUGCCUGUAAAAUGUACUGUUAACAUUGUAUUAAUGUUAAGCCCUGGCGGAAGGUGGUGGAAUUAAGCCGAGUUGUGCCUUUCCGAUUGAAUGAAGGGGAAAUAUCUGAUGUGCUAUAUGCAGGCCAGGCACUGCUUGAACGUGCGGCUCCCGUCGGUCGACCUCGUAUCGAUAAGGUGUGUGUCUACAAGGAAGUGGCUUAGAAGCUGCUCCUCUCCUCCCCCUCCUCCUCCUCCCUUCCCCACCUCACCGACUACCAGCCAUCCAGCCAUGGCUCAGCUCCUCCCUCUUUCCUCCGCUGCUCCCAGCUUCCGUCUCGCCGCGACGCCAGGCAAUGGCGUCCCCCGGUUGUCCGUGACGUCGGCCCGCUCUGCUGCUCGUGUGAGCAGGAGGAGCAUGAGGCCCAAGUCCCUGAGCGUGAGGUGUGAGCAGGGGUCCAAGGGCGGCCCCGGGCUGGACGUGUGGCUCAGCCGCGGCGCCAUGCUCGCCUUCUUCGGGGCGGUCGGCGUGGAGCUCACCACCGGCAAAGGGGUGCUUCAGAACGUAGGGCUGAUGGCGCCGCUGCCGGCGUUGGCGCUGGGGCUCACCGGAGUGGUCGGGGUCGUCACCGCAUUUAUCAUCUUCCAGUCGGGAUCGUCGGAUUGAUCAAUCGCUCCAUGUUAAUUUGCGCUGAUGUGAGGAAGGAAAAAAAAAAUAUCUCGAGUUGUCUUUCUUGCUUCCCGAAGGCGUCUAUCAAUUACUCUCGUUCAGUGGCAGGCAUGGCACAUUUUGUAUUAGCAUCUAGCGUAUUAAGUGUUACUAUAACUUAAUAAUCGCCAUUGUAAAUUGUUGAUUUUUUGUAUUAUGUAUAAGAAAAAUUAUAACGCAGGGAAUUUUAACUGGGAUUA